UUUCACAAAUCACUAAUCAUCAAGGACCAUGAAGAAAAGCAAUCUCCGAAGCGCCAAGGUCCAAUCGCCAAACCACGUUCAAUUCAGUUCCAAGACGCCGGAGAAAAUGUCGCAACGGAACCGCAACCGCGGCGUCGCGCUCUCUGUCACAGACAUAAAAAAAGUUGGCAAGGGUUUGCAGGAUCGGAAGGGACGUGGUGAAACGACGUCGGCACGGCCGCAAAGCAAGAAUGUGAGGAGGCAGAUCUUACAGCGGUCUUCUUCUCCGAGUAAAUCCAAGAGUACUAACGAUGAUCCCUCCAAGCUUCCCGAAAAAUUUGAAAUUUUGGAUCAGUUCUUCGAUCGCUUGGACACUUUAAUUUCAAUGUUCCGUCUGAAAGGGAAGACGCCAUCUUUUACGGAAAUCAGUUCUAGAAUUGAAUCUUUAACAGACAGGAGGUUUACUCACAGCCAUCUAGCGCAGUUGAAAUUUAUCUUGCCUGAUGCUAUUGUUCUGAAGAAGUUUCUAGUGCAUGAUGAACGGACCAGUUGUAUGAAGCCGGAUAUUCAUAUUUCUUUAGCCCCUGAGGCGGUAGAGUCUGAUGCGAAGAUGCCCCCUGAUCAACGUGGGAUAGUUUCGUUGAAGAAGUUGUUUCACGCACGGCUUAUAGAAUUUUGGGACUCUCAUCCUGAGGGUGAUGAAAUUCCAGAAGGAGCUUUGCCAGAGCCAUUCAAUGGCCCAAAGAAAGUCAAUACUUUAGACACGUUGGAAACUCGUCUCCCAACAAAAUUAUCACUCUGCAUGCGCUAUAAUGACAUAGUCAAUAAUGUAGAGUCUGCUAGCAUAGAUGAAAAGAUGUCUACACCUGUAGAGACAUCAAUUGAAUUGCCUAAUGAGCAUCUGGCAGCAGCUUCUCACAUUGCUCCAUCCUUUAGAGCAAGAUUUUCUUUGAAAUUUAAACAAAAUUUAGCAGAUACCGUACAGAAAAUUUCUCAGGUAGAUUCGGUACAACCCUCCCCAGCUAAGUCGGCUUCACAAGCAGCUAGCAGUGAAAAUUGUUCAACAAUAUGUUCCUCUCUGGAAUCAUCCAGUGCUCCCGCUCCCACUGCCACUCCAAGGAAAACCGUCGACUACACAGAAAACGAAGAUGCUUCUCCCAAGAGGACUGAUGCCAUGUCAACUCCAGCUAAACUUGUUUCUACUCCAAUUAGGUUGAUGAGUGCCACACCUGCCUUGCGUUCACCCAAAAGAUGUCUUAUGAGCCCAGAUGACCACCCAACAAGUUCUUUGAACAAGUUAGCUAGGCGGCCACCUCGCUCAAGAUCAUUGAUAUUUGACACCCCAGUGAAGAAUGAUGAGGUUGUGAAUGAAGACAAUGCCGGUGGAUUACCAAUAGAUGAUGAUAUUUUUGAGAUCCUCCCAGGAAAACUUAUCCAAUCGAUUAGAGAAAAGGAAAGAAUGGCAAUGGAGGAAAGAGACCCAGCUAUCACGCAAGCAAAGAAACGGAAAAAAAUUAUAGCUAACCUCCCUAAGCUCUUUGACAUGAUUCGCCUCUUGCUUCGACAGCGGAAUUGUAUUACUAAAAUGGAGCUUGUAAGCAAGAUAAUCUCAAACCACAGUGAUAUUGUUGACAUAAGUGAAGUUGAAGAGCAGCUAGAUUUGUUGCAAGAACUAGCACCGGAAUGGAUUUCUGAGAAGCAGGUCUCCAGUGGGGAUUUGCUCUUAUUCAUAAACAAAAUGUUGAACCCUGAAGCCAUUCGAGCAUCUCUUGAAGAAGCGGCAUAGUUGAGGAAGAAGACAAAUUAAUUGAAAAUACCUAUGCAAGUGUGUAUUAAGGUCACUGCUGUGUUGGAAAAUCCACAUGUGGUCGUAGCGUAGAUAUAGUAUUUAUUGAGUAGCUAGCUUUAGAUGUCUAAUAUAUAAUAAUCUUUUUGGUGGAUGAGGCUGUGAUUUUGUAAAUGAGUGAGAUCGAUGGAAACAUUCAAUAUAUAAUCAUAAUUUAAGGUGUAAUGUUUA